AUGCUCAUCACGCUGUGCUACCUGUACCUGUGGGCGCGCUGGGGGCGCGCGCCCGCGGCGCUCGUGCCCGGCACGGUGCGGCGGCUGCGCGCGCGCUGCUCCUUCACUUUCUGCGCCGCGGCCGCGCAGCCCGGGGGCGCGCGCGUGUGCCUGCGCCGCGGCGGCCGCGUCUUCUGCGUCGGGGAGAGCCAGUCCAUCGACGACUUGAACAAAUGGGUGCUGAAUCUCAUCUCUCCCUUUAGACUUCAAGCAGAACACAUAGCAUUUGUGACAGAGAGCAUUUGGGUUCAAGGUGACAAUUUCCAGAGGCGGUUGUCUUCAGAAACAGUUGUCAAGUGGUCUGACUACUGUUUGCCGUUAGCUUGCCGACCUGGGGACCCCUACCAGUUCAUUGCUGAAGCAAGUGUGGACAAUUUCAGCAAGCUGGGAGUAGCAUUCAUGGAAGAUAGGCUCCAGAUGGAUAAUGGGCUGAUACCUCAAAAGAUCGUCUCGGUACACUUGCGCGACUCCAUUCUGAAGGAACUCAAGGACCAGGCUGCAAAUGGGCAAGCCCAAGGCCUCGAGCCGGCCACAGGGCCUCCCCCAGAGCCCAAGCCUGGGCAGGAUGCGGUGGGGCGUGCUGGCAGCGAUGAGCCCAGGGCUCCUGGCCAAGACUCCUCCAAGCAGCCGGCAGGAGGGGACAGGGAGCACGGAGAGCAUUCCCACCUCCACCUGUUCAGUUGCCACGAGUGUUUGGAACUGGAGAACAGCACCAUCGAGUCAGUAAAGUUUGCCUCUGCAGAGAACAUUCCAGAUCUUCCCUAUGACCACAGCAGUGGUUUGGAGGGUGUCACUGAUGAGCUCUGCCCCAAAAGAGAAGAGAGCAGAGUCAACAUGGCGGGCAAAGCACCCAACAUCCUAAUCUAUGUGGGUGCCAGCACCCGGGAAGCGGUGGGCCGGCUGGAGCAGGUUCGCUCCGUUGUAGCCGACUGUGUGGACGUGGACAGCUAUACCAUCUACCACCUGCCGGAGGACAGCGCGCUCAGGGACCCGUGGGCCGACAACUGCCUCUUGUUGGUGGUCGCUGCCUUGGAGCCCAUUCCCAAAGACCUGUCCCAGAAGUUCAUGGCCUAUCUUUCUCAGGGAGGGAAGGUGCUGGCCCUGUCGUCUCCGUUCACCUUUGGUGGCUUUCAGGUGACACGGAAGGGCACGCUGCAAAAGACGGUCCAGGGCUUGGUUUUCUGCAAGGCUGACCGGAGCGAGGUGAGGCUCAGCGUCCUGAGCAGCGGCUGUGUCUACGAGGCGGGCGCUGGAGAGCAUCAGCCCUGCCGACUCCACGGCCACCUGGACACCGAGGACAAGGACAGGACCAUCAUGCAAGUGCCUUUCGGAAGCUGUGGAGGAGAGGCCGUUCUUUGUCAGGUGCAUCUAGAACUACCUCCACGCUCUCCCACAGUGCAAACCCAACAAGACUUUGAUUUGCUCAAGUCAAGCAAUAUGAGAAGAUACGAGGUCCUUCAGGAAAUCCUGACUGCCCUUGGCAUCAGCUGUGAGGUUCGACAAGUUCCUGCCUUAACACCCGUGUCCUUACUGUUGGCCACCGAGGAAAUCCGAGAUCCGCUUAUGCAGUGGCUGGGGGCACAUGUGGAUCCAGAAGGAGUAAUCAAGUCCAGCAAGCUCUCCCUUAAGUUUGUGUCCUCUUGUGCAUCUGAAGUAGAAGUCACCCCGUCUUCCAUCCCUGUGGUUACUGACACAGAGGACUUCUCUUCUGACCAUUUUAACUUAGAGAUCUAUCGGCAAAAUCUGCAGACCAAACAACUUGGGAAAGUAAUUCUGUUUGCUGAAGUGACCCCGACCACCAUGAAUCUUCUGGAUGGGUUGAUGUUUGAGAUGCCGCAGGAAAUGGGUUUAAUCGCCAUUGCAGUCCGGCAGACCCAGGGCAAAGGGCGGGGACCGAACGCCUGGCUGAGCCCGGUAGGAUGCGCCCUCUCCACGCUGCUGAUCUCCAUCCCGCUGCGGUCCCAGCUGGGGCAGAGGAUUCCUUUCGUCCAGCACCUGAUGUCCCUGGCGGUGGUGGAGGCCGUGCGGUCCGUGCCCAAGUAUCAGGAUAUCAACUUACGAGUGAAGUGGCCCAACGACAUUUAUUACAGUGACCUCAUGAAGAUUGGGGGAGUUCUGGUUAACUCAACACUUCUGGGAGAAACAUUUUAUAUACUUAUCGGCUGCGGAUUCAACGUCACCAACAGUAACCCCACGAUCUGCAUCAACGACCUCAUCGCAGAACACAACAGGCAGCACGAGGCCGGGCUGCAGCCCUUCCGAGCCGACCACCUCAUUGCCAGGGCCGUGACGGUGCUGGAGACACUGGUGCACACGUUCCAGGAUGAGGGGCCCCAGGGCGUGCUGCCCCUCUAUUACAAAUACUGGCUGCACAGUGGUCAGCAGGUCCGGCUGGGAAGCACGGAGGGGCCGCAGGUGUCCAUCGUGGGCCUCGACGAUUCCGGCUUCCUGCAGGUGCUCGGGGAGGACGGCCGGAUCGUGACGGUGCACCCCGACGGCAACUCCUUCGACAUGCUGAGGAACCUCAUUGUGCCCAAGCAGCAGUAGCGGUGGUGCGGGCAGGCCUUCCACCCGAGCGGCCGGCGCCCCUUC